UACUACUCGCCCUUCUCAUCAGCGUUCCUCGCAGCCGCCCACAACCCUAGCAGAGGAGCAACCAGAUCCAAGAGAAGCAGAAAUGACAACCAGAUUCAAGAAGAACCGCAAGAAGAGAGGCCAUGUGAGCGCCGGCCAUGGUCGUAUUGGGAAGCACCGCAAGCACCCUGGAGGUCGCGGUAAUGCCGGAGGUAUGCACCACCACAGGAUCCUUUUCGACAAGUACCAUCCUGGGUACUUCGGUAAAGUUGGUAUGAGGUAUUUCCACAAGCUGCGUAACAAGUACCACUGCCCCAUCGUCAACCUCGACAAACUCUGGUCGCUUGUGCCAGAGGAUGUCAAAGCCAAGGCCACCAAGGACUCCGCUCCAUUGAUCGAUGUCACUCAGUUUGGUUACUUCAAGGUCUUGGGUAAGGGUGUCUUGCCGGAGAAUCAGCCCGUCGUCGUAAAGGCUAAGCUCGUGUCCAAGACCGCCGAGAAGAAGAUUAAGGAAGCUGGUGGCGCCGUCGUCCUAACUGCCUAGGUUUGGUGUAGAUCUUUUUCUCUCGGGGGAAUCGAGUUGUUUCUUUCUAGCAUAAGUUUUAGACUCUUUGGUUUCCGAUUUUGAUCUCGUUGAACUUGUUUUAAAAUUGAUAUAUCUGUUUACCCGGAAUUUAAUGAUGUUAUAUUUAUAUUGUUUAAUGAUCUUGAAUGCGGUUUUGGUUUCUA